GCCCCAGCCCCAGGAGCCCACAUCGAAAUGGUCGUGCGGUGGAUUACCCGACUCGCCUCGGCUUUUCCGCCGAAGCACGUCGGGCAAGACCGCAUCGUCGCCUUUCUCGAAGCCCUAAGAGCGCUCCCCCGCCACGGCAUCCAGAUCAUCAAUCCAAUGCGAGAGAACGAUGAGGAGGAUAAGUUUUAUACCACACUGGAAGUGUGGCCGCUGGACGGGAACUUCCUGGCAUUGUCAAUCUCACUACCAGAUGAUGUGAAUGCAGCUUUUAUCUACCGCCACUACCCGGCAAUCCAGCCCCCGCCGACCGAUCGAGACCUUCGCUGGCGGAACUACCAAGCGGCGAUCGCGCGCUUCACAGUUCGGAAUCUGAUCGAUUGCACGCAUCUCUGCGCGCUGGAAGGAAUUCUACCGGACGACGGCUGGUACCCGGACUUGGACGACCCCGCGGGUCGAGACUCGGGGUACAGAUGGCUCGCCGGCUGGGUGAUCGCUGGGGCUCAGUGGCUGUUGCGACCCGAAGUGAGGGCCCAUGUGUAUCAGCAGUGCUUGAAUCGGGAGAAAGUCGGGAGGCGGGAGGACAUGUGGAGCAGGGAACGAUGGCAGCAGUGGAAGGAUCAAUUCGCACGCAUCGCCAUCGAGGAGAGGCUU